GUUACUACGACCACUGUAUUACCAACUUAGCCUUCACUAUUCUUGCAUAUUUUGUUUUUCAUGCACGUAUUGCCUGCAUCUACAACACUCAUUUCGAAUGUCGACUCUUGCAACAGCCAUCCUUUCAUCAGAUGAAUCCGACGCCGAAUUCAUUCCUGAAGCCCCUAAGGUAAAAAGAAGCCGCAAGCCUAGAGCAAAACGCGUUGGUUCGGGCUCGGCAACUGAUAGCUCGAGUUGCUCUUCGGGCUCUGGGUCUGAGGAUGAGGAUGCAGAGGGUGAUAAAAGGGCGGCAAAAAAGGCGAAGCUCGAGGAAGAUGCGAAAAAUGAAGCAGAGGAAAGGCGAAGAAAAGCCAGGGAAGAGUUUGAAAGGAUGAAGGCUGAGCUGUCGGGAACUCCGGCAGAAUCUGUCAAGGAAACGGAAGAGAUGGUAGAAAUCAAGCGGCCUAGAAGGUUUGCCGGUGAAACAAUAUAUGAGACUGUCAGAUUACGGGCUUCAGAUCCAGAAGCUGUGGCGUAUCUCAAGAGUUUGGCUGCGAAGCCAGAUCUCGAUGAAGACAGACCUGAUUUGGCCGCCAAGCAACCCCUCUCCCGACAAGAAACACCAAAUCCACCUCCUGCUUCUCUCGGUCUAGACAAGUCAACAGCCGCCGUUAACGCAGACGUACCAGCCUCAACCUCAGUUGCCGCCCUUUCUGUGACUGCUCGACCGAAAGGACCUCCUCGUCGAAAGCGCCAGACAUUGGAGCAGAUGUCUGCAGCUCUAGAUAAGGGGAAGAAGAUGACCACACUUGAAAAGUCGCAGAUGGACUGGAAAAGCCAUACUUCAUCGAGCGCUUCGAUGGCGGAUGAACUUGCGGCCAAUCGGCGAAACGGUGGAUAUUUAGAGAAGAAAGAUUUCUUGGAUCGAGUAGGAGAGAGGCGUGCCGGAGCAUUUAGUGAACAGGGUAGCACCCGAAGGAAGUGAAGGAUGAUUCGCGAUGUUGUAUGAAGUGCAAUACCCGGUAUAAUAGAAUUUUCAUAGCAUGGCAAUUAUGAUGUAUUACG